CGCAGCUGAUCUGGUUGACGCUCUCGAUACUUGCUCAGUACGACUCUUUCACGCACGAACACAUACGCACCGUCCACCUGUAAGAUAAGGGUUCAAGUUUGAGACGGCAAAGAAGAGGGGGAGUAGUUCUAGAGAGAGAAAUUGAGAAACUGAGCGCUCGGGAGAGAGAGAAAGAGAAUCGGAGGGAGUGUCGUUUGCUAGGGAGAGAAACUUUUUUUUCCUCCUUAGAGAGAGAAAGUGAAAAAGUUGCGAAAGAAAGAGAUGGCGCGGAAGAAGAGGAUCUGAACGUCGUGGAAGAGGUAAAGGAGCUUGAAACCCCAACUGUUCUUCGAAUAUCAGAUCUGUUCGCUCCUUGUCCCCUUCGCUCUUUUUCAUCAACCUGUCUCUUCCUCCGUCCUUCUCUUUCUGUUGGUGUAGGGUUUCGUGUUUGGUCAGGAAGAUAUAGGCGGUUGUAGGUCUGGGGAAAAGCUUCAGUCUUUUUGCCGAUUUUGUGGUCCUCUAGCGUUUCUGCCGGAUUGAAUUCGGUGUUCGGACGACAAUUAGGGUUUUUGCGGUGGCUGUAGGUAGUUUGGCAGAAAAACCCUAGUUUCGUGUGCCAAUUUUAUUUUUCGAAGCGAAGACAGAGAGAGAAAGUAAGGAAGUGGUUAGUUAGGGUUUUGGAGUUACAUGUAUGGCUUCAGGGUCUGCUGUUGGAGGGGAAGGAGUAGGAAAUGAUGGACCUAAAGAGAAGCCAAGGUACUCAGAGAGCAAAGUCUAUACAAGAAAAUCCUUCAAGGGUCUACGGAAUAGCUUAGCCAACAACAGCAACACGAAGGGAACGACAGCCAACGGCGCCACCCUAACCACUGCUGGUACAACCACUGUGACUGCACCGACUUCAGCUACGAUCGAUAAGAACGGAAGUAACAAGGACAAGGCUGCUGAUGAUGUCUCCGUCAAAGCUUCCGAACCAUUAGACUUGGUAUUAGAAGACAAAGGUUCUGCUCAACCACAGCCACAGCCACACGAUGAUAACUCGAGUCAAGCUUCUGAAGCGCAAGCCUUAGUCUCAGAAGAUGCAGAUUCUGCCAAGCCACAGGUUGCUGCCUCGGUCGAAGUUUUUGAAACGCAGCCCUUACGGUCAGAAGACACAGGUUCUAUCCCUCCCGAGGACAAUGAAUCUAAUAAAGUUGAUGAACCUCAAGCCUUAGUGUCGGUAGACAUAGGUUCUGCUCAGCAGUCCCGGGACAGUGAAUCUAUUAGAGUUUCUGAACCUCAAGCUUCAGUGAUAGAAUACACAGAUUCUGCUCAGCCACCGGAUGGAGACUCAAUUGAAGUUCCUCAACCACAAGUCUUAGUGUCAGAAGUCACGGAUUCUGCUCAGCCGCCGCAACAAAAUGAACAACACCCGCAGCAGCCACCCCAGGAGCAACACCAACUGCGAGGACUCGGGCAAGAGCAAGAGCAACUGGGGGAUCAGGUGCAAGAGCAGCCAGGGAAGCCAAAACAGCCAGAGCAACAGGACCGACAAGGCGAGCUGGCAGAGGAGCUGGCAGGGCAACAGAAACAACCAGAGAUUACGGAGCCACCCCCGAUGCCUCCUCCCUUACGUUUGGAUGUGACCUCUGAUGACUCCUCCAGCCUCCAGAGGCAGCACGUUGAUGCAGCAGCUAGUUUACGGAGAGAGGAAGAGCCAGCAGGAAAUGGUGCAGGGAAGGAAGGACUCGAGAGCAGAACAAAGAUAAAUUUAGCUUCGGUUUCCAAGCUGGAGAUGAGACAGAUCAGGAGGAAGCUUGAGAAUGAACUCAAUACUGUGAAGAUGUUGGUGAAGAGAAUUGAGGCCAAACAAGGUCAGUUUGGUGUUGCCACUAUCAGCAGUUCGCUUCCUUUGAGACAUAGUGUCAUUGAUAGUAGAUUGACAAGGGUGAAUUCAGAUGUUGGAUCUGUAGGUGUUCCUCGAGAGGUCACUACUUCUAUUACUACUCCAACGCCAAGGCAGACUCGGCCUUUGCAUCAGCUUAGUGUAUCUGUGCUGGAGAAUAGUCAGGGUGCAGCUGAGAAUGUCGAGAAAGAAAAGAGAACACCAAAAGCUAAUCAAUUUUACAGGAACUCUGAUUUUUUGCUUGCAAAAGAUAAGUUCCCCCCAGCUGAGAGUAACAAGAAGUCAAAAUCAAGUAGCAAGAUUCGAUUUGGGUCAAACACCAAAAUAUUCAGGAAUUGCACUUCUUUACUUGAGAGAUUGAUGAAGCAUAAGCAUGGAUGGGUGUUUAAUGCUCCAGUUGAUGUGGAGGGUCUUCGAUUGCAUGAUUACUACACCAUUAUCAAACACCCUAUGGAUUUGGGAACAGUUAAGGCAAGACUAAAUAAGAAUUGGUACAAGUCACCAGAAGAGUUUGCAGAAGAUGUGAGACUUACAUUUCAUAAUGCCUUGACGUACAACCCAAAAGGUCAGGAUGUUCACAUAAUGGCUGAACAGUUGCUUACUAUGUUUGAGGAAAGGUGGGCUGUUGUGAAGGAGGAUUAUGAUCGAGAGACAAGACUUGCCCCUUAUGAUAUGGGUUUUCCAACACCUACCUCACGUAAGGUUCCUUCACUAUCGUUGCCUUCUCUUGAUAUGAGAAGGAUGUUGGAUCGUUCAGAAUCGAUGACUUAUCCUUCCGUCGACAUAAGACAGAGACCUAUUGGUAUUACACCAUCAGGUAGGACCCCUGCUCCAAAAAAGCCCAAGGCAAAGGAUCCACACAAGAGGGAUAUGACAUAUGAGGAGAAGCAGAAGCUUAGUACGAAUCUUCAGAGCCUGCCUUCAGAUAAGCUGGACAAUAUUGUACAAAUAAUUAAGAAGCGAAAUUCAGCACUUUCACAACGUGACGAUGAGAUUGAAGUGGAUAUCGAUAGUGUUGAUGCGGAGACUCUGUGGGAACUUGACCGGUUUGUGACCAACUACAAAAAGAGUCUAAGCAAGAAUAAGAGAAAAGCUGAACUGGCUAUGCAGGUUAGAACAGAAGUGGAGCGAAAUGUCCAGCAGAAGGCCCUUCUUUCAUCUGCUACUGAUCCGCCUAAAGAAGCCAAUGAAGGUGAAAGAAAUAUUUCAAAUUUAUCUCCUGCACAAGUGGACAGACAAGCAGAUAAUGGAAGUCGGUCAAGUAGCUCGAGCAGUUCCAGCAGUGGUUCUGGUUCUUCAUCUAGUGACUCUGACAGUGACAGCUCCUCGGCAUCUGGAUCUGAUAUAGGGCGCUAACUCUUGGUAUGAGUAGUUCAGGUGGGCUUUUAUCAUCCUUCUAUAGGCCUCUGGCACAUGUUGUAUAUUAGAUCUGAGUAAUUUCGUCAAUACUUAUUACUUGCUGAGAAUACAAGCUACAAAGUUUGUCUUGUAUUUUUCUGUUGGUAGAUCAUUUAUGUUCUAGGACCAUGAAUGUAAGAGUCAGAACUUGGUGUAAUAAUUUUUUCAAGCUGGGUUCAUACAGAAUUUGUCAUUCUCUCUUGAUUGUGAUGUGCUGAAUUUCAUAAUUUAAGUUUCUUCUUUUAUGUGAGUUUUCGAUGUCAGGUUUUCCUGGUUAGAUCUGGACUGGCCUUUAUCUUUAAUUGACUCUUAAUACUGGAAUUUGAAAAAUUUACGAAAUCUAAUUGCUAAAGGUGAUUCGAAAUGGUACUGGACUACUGGUAUCUUUCCAACAUAUCAUACUUUGCAGCUUAUUGGAAAAUGGCUUAGAUAUAGGGAUAGGUUUGAAGCAAUCAUUUGAUUUGAGGUGCUUCAGAAGUUUCUGAAUGUUCAGUUCAAUUUUCUGCUGCAGUUGGAUGUCAAGAGGUUUAGGAGUAGGUGACAGGCACCCAAUUCAAAUGAUGUGGUGCGCUUCAGGCCGUCGUUCUCGGUAGAGAUCUGCAUUUGGUGUACAGGCUCGGAAGUGCCAACAGUUCUGCCAUCACUGGAUAGUGGGUCUGCUUCUCACUGACUGCUGUGAUGUCCGAUUUCUUUAGUCCACAAGUACCUUAUUUUGUCUUGUGAGAGAAUUGUAUAAUAUGUAGUAGCCAAAUUGUGGUGAUUGAUUAGAUGCGAGAUGAGUUGUUUCUGAUGAUGAUAUAUCACAUUGUACAUGCCUAACUACUGCUGCUUCCCUUAGUUGUGACUUGGCACAUUCAGGAUUCUUUGAUGCCUACAUAAAAAGAAUUAGUUUGCAAUUCAUGCACUUGUAGUUCAUAUUGCUUUUGCGGGUAGCAAAAUCAUGGCUGUGAUAUGUACUGGAUGUCCAUGGGAAGAAUCGUGUCUGCAUUGUAUUGUGGAGACAGUGAUUGGAGAAUGAUGUAGUUCCUUUCCUUUUGGCUUCAUCCAACGUGGGUUACUAACUUUGCUUUUAUCCUUCACAUUGUUUGGCAGUGGGGAAGGCGAAACUGUGAAUGUGUUCAGUGACAGCAUUGUGUAUUGUGUUUGGUUAUAUGAACGUUCAUUGAGUUUGUGGGCAGCAUGUGACGUCGAUUUUUGCAGUGCAAAUCCAGAGCUUGAUCAUGCUGUUGAAGUUGGAUCUACUCGAGCAACGGACGAGUGUAUAAAUUAUGGGAUCUCAGGAUAUUCCAUUGCGGAAAAACUGAAGGGUUAAAGGUCGUCCUAAAAAUUACUAAUCGUCGUCCUAACUUAAUAUGUAAAUUACUUAAUUACCCUUUUUAAAAUUAAAAAUCAAACCCUACCCAAACACUCCCCUUCCUCUACCUUCUCGUCCCCAUCACUUCCCUUCCUCCACUUCCCGUCCCCAGCAGCAGAGAGGCUGCCGACUCGGCGACCCGCCGCCCCACGCCGGCGUUCGACACGCCGCCCCAAACACUCCGCCGGCCGACUUCCCCCGUCGCCGUCAGCCACUCCCCUGUCGCCGUCAGCCGCUUCCCAAGUCGUCGUCAGUCCUCGCCGUCCGCCGCGCCUCCACUCGCCGUUGUCGUCGCCGUCAGCCCCUCUUCCAGUCGCCUGCCGUCCGUCCUCGCCGGAGAAGAAGGUAAGUCCGUCCGUCCGCCUCGCCCUUCAUCGACCGAAGCCGCCGUUUGGUUGGCCCUCGGUCAAAUUGAGGUCAACGUUCGGUUGGCCUUCGGUCAAACCGCAGUCAACAUUCGGUUAAGCCAUGGUCAAACCGAAGUCAACAUUCGGUUGAGCCAUGGUCAAACCGAAGUCAAUUUUCGGUCUGACCAUGGUCAAACCGAAGUCAAUUUUCGGUUGGUUGAUUUUUAAAUAAUUUUAAUGCAAUUAA